AUGGAUUCCACCGGUGCUCCGACGACGACCGCAAAGGGCAGUCCGGCGGCUUCGACGGCGACGAUCUCCGACAGGGCCACCAUUCCACGUUUUGUCGUGCCUCAGAGCUUACAGCCGCAUUCGAAAUACGACCAGCUGCUGGCGGUGAUCGAGGAAAUUGGAAAGGACAUCCGACCGACCUACGCCGGCAACAAGAAUUCGGCCGAACGACUGAAGCAUUCGAUAGUACACGCGCGCAUUCUGGUUCGCGAUUGUUUCCAUGAGGUGAAAAACUCGUCGUCUAGAAGCUAG